AUGAAAGUCUGUAUAAGAGGAGUUUUCAUGCUGGCAUGUCUCCUGCCCGGUUAUCUGGAGGCUGCUCGAAUCCUGGCAUUGUUUCCCAUACCAAGUCCUUCGCAUUAUUUUUUCGGCUUGCCCUAUCUCAAAAGAUUGGCUUCUCUGGGCCACGAAAUAACCUCCGUCAAUCCCUUUCCCUUGAAAGAGCCUGUGGCAAAUAUACACGAUGUGCCUGUUCUAGAAGUUUUUGAAAAUUUUGAAGAAAUUCUAAAACCCACGCCUAAACCCAGAAGCCAUUGGAAUGAUAAUGACUUUAUCAACGAAUACACUCAUAACCUGACAAAGACAGUACUGAGCAAUGACGGAGUGCUUCGAGAGAUUCUCAAUAAAGAAAAAACUCAGUUUGACUUGGUCAUUGCGGAUCUUUGGCGGCUUGAUGCUCUCUAUGGCUUAGCGGCAACCUUUGAGGCUCCAAUAAUUGGCUUGGCUCCGUACGGCACUGAUUGGAAAAUCGAUGGACUUGUGGGCAAUAUAUCACCCAUUUCGUACAUCCAGUCUCCAUCCUCUAACCUCUACGACUUAGACACAUUUCGCGGUCGGUUGGCUCACUUUUUAGAGCGAUCCAUUGCUUGGAUAAACUGGAGUUGGCGCCAUCGGGGGAAGCAAGAGGCACUUUACAGAAAGCAUUUUCCGAAAAUCGCUGAUAAGCUGUCGUUAUCUGAGAUUUCCCGAAACUAUGCAUUGGUCUUUGUAAAUCAGCAUUUCACUUUGGGGCCACCCCGCCCAUACGUUCCAAAUAUGAUCGAGGUGGGAGGCUUGCAUAUUGAUAAGGAACCGAAACCAUUGUCACAGGAAUUGGAGGAUUUCAUCCAAGGUGCUGGGAAGGAUGGCGUCAUUUACUUUUCAUUGGGCACCAAUGUUAGAAGCAAAUCUUUGUCCCAGAAUCUUCGGAAGUUACUCAUGGAUACCUUUGCCAAACUGCCACAGCGUGUGCUGUGGAAAUUCGAUGAUGAACAGCUGCCAGGAAAACCCUCAAAUGUUUUGAUUAACAAAUGGUUCCCGCAGCAGGACAUUCUGGCUCAUCCAAAGGUGAAGUUGUUCAUAACCCAUGGAGGAUUGCUGAGCACCAUUGAAAGCAUUCAUUACGGAAAACCAAUGCUGGGACUGCCUUGCUUCUUUGACCAGUUCAACAAUAUGGAACAUGUUAGAAGCCAAGGUCUGGGUUUGGUUCUCAAUUUGAAGGAAAUGACCAAGAAGGAGUUCAAUUCAACAGUCUUACUGCUGCUGACGGAGAAGAGCUUUGGGGAGGCAGCAAAGGCAAGAGCAGCUUUGUAUAGGGAUCGGCCCAUGAAGCCUAUGGAAACAGCCAUCUGGUGGACUGAGUACAUCCUCCGGCACAAGGGAGCAACUCAUAUGAGAGUAACCGGAAGGGAACUGGACUUUUUUACCUACCACAAUAUAGAUGUUUUGGGUACUUUUCUCCUUGGCUUCUUAGCCAUUUUAGGAAUGGUUUCGUUGUGCGUGGUCAAGUCUCUCAGGAAAUGCCUUCGUUAUGGAGCGAAGAAAAAUAACCAAAAGCAGAAAUUAUGUUAA